GUGACGUGGCAGCCUGAGGGAGUACGUGGCAGUGACGUCCGCUUGUUUGGCCUUUCGGUUCCGGGGGAGGGCGGCCGGUGUCGGAGGCUCGGAGUCCGGCGGCGUCUCGGUGGGAUUUGGGCCUGUGGGGCCGCAUCAGGUUAUGAGCCUCCAUGUAUACGAGGAGACGCCACGGCUCUAGAAACACCGAGCAAGGCGUUUACCUGGGACCUUCCCAGACCCAAGUCCUGCCACCACCACUUGCUGCAACUGUCAAUACUGCCACUGCAUCUCCGACUGCACCGUCCCCACCCCAGUGGGACACCAUGUCCUGUCAAGAUCGCACCCAGGAGUUCCUCUCAGCCUGCAAGUCUUUGCAAAGCAGACAGAAUGGGCUUCAGCUCAACAAACCGGUGCUUAGUGCUGUACGUCAAAGAAGCGAAUUCUCUGUUAUGGCCAAGCGCAUCGGGAAGGACCUCAGCAAUACAUUUGCCAAGCUAGAGAAGCUAACAAUCUUGGCCAAGCGGAAAUCACUGUUUGAUGACAAGGCAAUAGAGAUAGAAGAGCUAACCUACAUUGUGAAGCAGGACAUCAACAGCCUGAACAAACAAAUCGCACAACUGCAGGAAUUUGUCAAGGCCAAAGGCAGCCAGAGUGGAAGACAUGUGCAAACGCACUCGAACACCGUGGUUGUGUCACUUCAGUCCAAGCUAGCCUCCAUGUCCAAUGACUUCAAGUCUGUUUUGGAGGUGCGGACAGAGAAUCUCAAGCAGCAGAAGACUCGCCGAGAACAGUUUUCCCGCCCGGCUGUUUCUGCCAUGCCCCUCUCCGCAAGUAACCUAAGUGGCUCCGCUAUGCUUCAGGACGAACCACGGCAUUCGGGAGAUGUGGCUAUCGACAUGGACAGCCGGACCAGCCAGCAGUUGCAGCUCAUCAAUGAACAGGAUUCGUAUAUCCAGAGUCGGGCAGACACCAUGCAGAACAUUGAAUCAACCAUCGUAGAGCUGGGGUCCAUAUUCCAGCAGCUGGCACACAUGGUCAAAGAGCAGGAAGAAACCAUCCAGAGAAUUGACGCCAACGUGGAAGAUGCCCAGCUCAAUGUCGAAGGCGCGCACACAGAGAUUCUGAAGUACUUCCAGUCUGUUACCUCCAACCGGUGGCUGAUGGUGAAGAUCUUCCUCAUCCUCAUUGUGUUCUUCAUCAUCUUUGUGGUGUUCCUAGCCUGACGAAAGCGGUGGCUUAUAUUCUCAUCCUCUUCCACAUCCUCCUUCCUCAGUGCUGUGUUUGGACACUGGACUCUCUUGCUCUCUUUGGUGGCCAGCAAAUUGCCUACGUCGUGCCUGGCACCGAAGGGACCAAUUCCUGCCCAUUGUGACCUUUUGCUGUUGGCGUGGAGUGGGACCACCAAUGACUCGAGUGCAAUACCAUUUGGGACUACGCUGUGAAUGACUUUGCUCCCACCCACCCGCCCCGCUCCAUCCCAAACGAGGUGUAAUCCAAUGGGUAUGUGUAAUGGCCGGGACCAGGAUCUGGCAACACUUCCAUAACCCACGUGUAUGCUCUCGUUUUGAGAUUCGGAAAAGUGAAAAUUCUUGCCUCUAUCCCACUUCUUUUUAUAAGCAGACCAUAUUAACACGCUAGUGUCCAGUUUCCGACAUUCAGACAGGUACCUUCCUUACUAUAUGGCAAGGAUGGAGCUGCAUCUUUUGGGGGAUGUGAGGCUGGACCGGCCUGUGCCUUUGGCCCUAUCCAGAGGGCAGUGACAUUUUCCCCUUUCUCCUCCUUUCUGUACCAAGGUAGACUAUUUACCUCUCUUAUUUGGAGGCUGUGGUAGGCAAAGAAGCAAAUUUGGCCCUUUAACCCCUCAGUUGAAGCUCUCCCAAAACCUUUCAUAACUCACUCUUAUCCCCUUUUGUAGCAAAGAGCAAGGAAUACACGUUUUGCCUAAGGAUAGGUAAACAAAACAAUCUUCUUAGACCAUGAAGGGAAGCAAAGCUGGUAUCUGUUGUCCUUGCCAUCCUUCCUGAUGUUUGGGAGGAAUACUUGAGUAUUUCUGUCAAAACACUCCACACGUUCAUACCCAAAGCAUAUUGUCCCCAUUCGUUCUCAACAGUUUGGAUUCAAAAUGGCCUCCCAGAUCACCACAGAAGUGUUCCUCCCCGCCAGUCUUUAAAUGAAUUGGUAUCAGUGAGCAAACUUGGGCCCUCCUGGUGUUUUGGACUUCAACUCCCACAAUUCCAAAAACCCUACCAGCUGUUAGGAAUUGUAGAAAUUGAAGUCCAAAACGCUUGGAGGGCCCAAGUUUGACCAUGCCUGGUAUAACUAACAGCAUUAAUCUCCCUGCUAAGUGACACAUUAACUCCCUUGGGCAAGUGGUUGUAGCUAAGUUACAAAAUCUGUCCCAAGUUCCUUUUUUUAAGGUGGCGGGAUUGUAAACCCUCCAUUGCAAUGGCCUUAACAUUCCCUGUUAUGUUCUAUUCGCGAAAAUAGAGGAGAUGACACGGGAUGAGGGAGAAUACCUGCUUCCUAUCAUCCAGCUGCUGUGGAUGGUGAGUGGGGUAGUACUUAUUCCAUGAUCUUGGAGGAGAAGAGCAGCAACAUUAUUCCCUGUGCUUGAAAAGCUAUUAAAAAACGCUUUACUUUAAAAAAAA